GAUCUCUGAUUGGCCAGCGGAUGCUCAGCGCCACUUCAAAGCCACGGGGAAGGUACAACUACUACCAAAGCAGUCAGAGAGGAAAACAGACGCAAGCCACCGAGAGCACACACAGACACUGACAGCAGAAGAUAUCACUGCACGGAGUCCAUGGCUGCCACACUGCUUGGGGAGGAGCCACGGUUGGGCAGCACCCCGCUGGCCAUGCUGGCCGCAACCUGCAGCAGGAUUGGUGAGCCCAGCCCCUCCUGCUCCCCUGCUGUUUCCGAUGGAGCCCCCGGACUCGUCAAAGGGUUCCACCCGUGGAGAAGGAGCACGCAAGUCACCAGCAACUUGGGUACCUGCCUCACCUCGUUUGGGGUUUCUUCUGGGACCUCCAGGAGUAGCGGAACCGGACUGACUGACGCCUCUAGCGCUUUCAGUGUGACAGCUGCUACUUCUUCUUUAGGGAAUGAUUUUUCUAUGUAUCAGACCGCUGUGCCACCGGACAACUGCGUUCCCAAUUCCGCACACGCACAGCGGCCCGUGCUUCUGACCAAAUUUCCCUCCUCGGUGGAAAGCAUAGCCGGGAUAUAUCCGAGGAUGCAUGCACAUCCCUAUGAUCCAUGGUUCAAGCCCGUGGGGGACACUGGUAACGGGCCUCCUGCUUGGUGGGAUAUGGGCAGCAGCUGGGUGGAGGCACAGAACACAGUCGGGUUACCCUCUCCUUUGAGCAGCUACACCAGUGACUACAGCUCGAACUUCAGCCCCAGUGCCUCUCAGCACCUGCUCCCCGCGGCGCAACAUCUCUUCGACGGCUUCAGACCGCCUGUUCACGCAGCCUACACAGAGCCUCCGGUCACGGCGGCACCUCCUCUUACAAGUUCCCCAGUCGUGUCUUUGCCCCCAUCCUCCCGCUCCUCCUCACGGCGCUACUCCGGUAGAGCCACUUGUGACUGUCCAAACUGCCAAGAGGCGGAGAGCCUCGGCCAAGGGCGCACGAGCCCCCGGCGCAGGGGCUUGCACAGCUGCCACAUCCCAGGUUGUGGUAAGGUUUACGGCAAAACUUCGCACCUGAAGGCCCACCUGCGGUGGCACACCGGGGAGAGGCCGUUUGUCUGCAACUGGCUUUUCUGCGGGAAACGCUUCACGCGCUCUGACGAGCUCCAGCGGCACCUGCGCACACACACCGGGGAGAAGCGAUUCGAGUGUUCCCUCUGCCACAAACGAUUCAUGCGCUCUGACCAUCUCAGCAAGCACGCAAGGACACACAGCCCGGAGGACGGCGGGGAGCCGGGGCUGACAAAGGGCACCAGCGACACUGACAAUAGCGGCAGCCCGAGCCCUGGACUGAGACUGCACAGCACCGAGGGACAGAGAGCGGUGCAAUAAUCCACAGAGCUGAACCCGAUGAAUCCACACGUGGGUUGUUUGCUUUACAGCGUGCCGUGGACUCUUAAGAACUGAAACAGCACUUUAUGGAUCACUCUGCUUAUACCUCAUCUGUUAUUUGUACCUUUCUAUGAAAAGUCUUUUAUUCUGUCGUUUAGGUUCUAAUUUUAUUUUUUUUUUUCAUGUAUUUCUCUAUUGCCUAAUUUAUUCGUGGUUUGUUUUGUUUUGUUUUUUGUUUUUUUAAUAUAUAUAAAAAAGGGAGAAAAACGAGCCUUUCAUAAUCCCCUUUGACUUCAUUAUUAUAGUAAUUAAAUAUAUAAAUUACAAUAAAGUUUGAGUGACUACAUUUCUAUAAUUUACUCGUUUGAAAGUCUCUGUUGCACUGGGAUUACAAUUAAAAACAAACAAACGAAACGACUACUCGCAUGCAAUAAUCUAAGUUUUGUUAUAUAUUACAAUUUGCCUCAGAAACAAAGUCUUAGUUUUGAACAGUUUGCAGUGAUUAUAUAUAAUCAGAAAAAAACUACAUAAGAAUUGGUACUAAUUGUACCCAGUUUGUCUC